CGAAGCGCCACAUUACAACCCCUCUCUCGCUCCGCUCCCUUCCUACAUACACACUCGCUGAUCCGGGAGCAGCGGUCAAGGAGAGCCGCCGGGAGCGAAGCGCGACACGAGGUUGGAAGGGAAAAGAGAAAGCACCUUCUCAGUCUCAGUCGCCAGGGCGUGCGUGCUUGUGUGACGUCUGCAGCCUGACCUAACGAACAACAGGAGCAACCAAUCCCGCAUUUCCCUGACUCCUCUCCUCACCUCUGGGGAGCUCUGUGAAUAUUCGGCCGGCGCGUUCUCCGCCGCGCCCGAUUGGGCCCCAGUUGUUGAGAUAUCGUGUUGAUCGUUCGUUGCCCGACGCAGCAGCAGCAGUAGCCGCAGCCAUAUUGGCAUCAUAACCUUGGUGGUGGCGUUUGAAUCUCUCCAUGGCCGCGUCGUCUACCAUUCCGUCCGCUCUGCCGUCCUCGUCCGCGGCUGAUGACGUUGCAAAACUAACCGCCACCGCUGCCGCAACCGAGGAGGCCGAGGCUCGCGCGGAAGCCUACGAGCGCACUCACGUCCACGGUGUUUACGAAGCCAUAGCCCCGCACUUCUCAGCUACCCGCUACAAACCUUGGCCUGCCGUGGCAUCGUUCCUGCGUGCCCAGCCCCCGGGCGCUGUGGGGUUUGAUGUGGGCUGCGGGAAUGGAAAGUAUCUGGGUCUGAACCCAACCGUGUUUAUGGUGGGUUCUGACCGGAGCCCGUCGCUCAUCGCGCUUGCCAGGAGCCGUACCAAGCAGCUUCAGAGGCACCAAGGUAGCAAGGCAAGGGACCAGGCCGACGGGGCCGCAUGGGAAGGAACAGGAGGGGAAGGCGGUGGUGGCGCCGGGCCUUCUGAAGUCAUUGUGGCUGACGGUCUCUCCCUGCCCUUCCGCGAGUGUGCUGCCGAUUUUGUCAUUUGCGUAGCUGUCAUUCACCACAUGUCCACGCGGGCAAGGCGACAAGAGGCAAUUCGGCAACUGCUGCAAUGUGUCAAGGCCGGAGAGGCUGGCCAACCCGGGGGCCAAGUCUUGGUGUAUGUGUGGGCUCUCGAGCAGAGCAGCAGCCGACGCGGAUGGGACGAGGGCGGAGAGCAGGACCUUCUGGUUCCGUGGGUACUGAAAUCCCAGCAAUCCCAGCAGGCAAAAGCGCCCAAGGAAACUCGGGACCAAGAUACCGCCGGUGCUGCUGCCAGUAACAAGAGCGGUGAGGAACCCCCAGCUUCAGGAGGCGCUGCUGCUGCUGGUCUUGAUGCGACGCAAUCAGGAGCAGCCAUUGGCCAAGCCGACCCCGUCUUCCAGCGCUACUACCACCUCUACCGCAAAGGUGAGCUGGAGGAAGAUGUACUGGCCGCCGGGGGCAUAGUCGUCAGUAGCGGCUACGAGAGAGACAACUGGUGGGUUGUGGCUACCAAUGAACCCCUCGGUCACGGCCAACCUGAAGCCGAGAUUUGAAUAAUAUACUUCCUUCCCUACCA